CUCAACUAUAUUCAAUUUGUUUUAUUAAAACUAAAUAUUUUAAUUGUAGGUAAUGCUAUUGAGUUCAUUCAAAAGUCUAUUUGGAAUAAUAAAUAUCCUUCUUCUUGUUUUAGUGAGCAAUUCAUAAGAUCUAAGAAAAGUAAUAAAUUAGUUUAAUAGAGAUACAAUAUCCCUAAAGUAUCCUCCGUUCUGUAUUAUUAGACAUCGCAAUGAAAAUAAAUAAUGGGUUGAUUUCUAUCUUUCUUAUGAUAGAGAAAACCACCUUAUGUAUGUCUAAAAGAAUAAAGAAGAACCUAUAAUAGUAACAAAUUUUUAGAAAAUGGAAAACUUUGUACUGUGCUAUGAAUCCACGCUAGUUUAUAAUUAGAUAACUUUGAUUUCUUUAUAGAAAAACUAAACUCUUAUUGGAAAUUUUUUUUAAAACUAAUUUGGGCAGAUUUAAAAAAUAUUACUUUAAGAAUUACCUUAAGCUAUUAUAACUGAAUACUAAUUUAACAUUACUUCAAUGAAAAUGCUUAAUUCAGGAUUUCCAAUUAGGUAUUCAAAUGAUACUAAUUUUACAGCUCGAUACACAACUUAAAUAGUUAUAGAUUAAAAUAAUACAGCAAUCGAUUUUACUCAAUUCGGUCUUGGUCCUAUUCCUAACUAUGACUUCCCUUUUAGUAUCUAUAUAAGACCUAAUGGAUCAAUAUAUGUGCCAGAUUUGUUCUUUUUUUAAUAUUCGUACAAAUUUAAUGGUUUCUACACCUAAUAAUGGAAUGUUAAACCUAAUGAUGGUGGCUUAGCUACUUUAUUUCCUUAAUUAGAUGAUACUUAUUCUACUAUUCAAACUAGUACUUUUAUUAUAACAGAUGAUAUAUUUAAAACAAUUGCAACUCCUUCUGCAGUACGUUAAGGUUAUCAUCCAAUGGUUUUAAAAAUGGAUAUUGGUUAACUAUGUAGUCCAGAAAUAGGUCAUGAGUAUUAACCUGUUAACGAAGAAUACUUGAUGCUAAAACAUAACAGUACCUAUUAAAUAAUCAAGAGAAAAGAAUUUUGGAGUUUUCAUUAUAUUAAUUUUCUUAAAGAUGUAGAUAAAGACAUUUGUGUAUUUGGAAGGAAUGAGACAAACAAAGAUUUAUAUUUUUAUGAUUUGGGAGAGUUUAAAUUAAGUAAUAAGGAUUGGUUAGGAGUAAUUGUCCUUGAAAUUGAUAGUGGAGUCUAGUAUUUACUCACCUAAGCAGUAUUUUCUGAAGAUGAAUCGGAAUUAAGAGACUACAGAUUUUACUCAAUUGAUUUAGAAAACAAAACACCCCCUAAUUUGCUUACUUAGGAAGGAAAUUUUUAGCCUAUUAAGGAUUAUUAUUUCUAUGAAGGCUUUACUUACUAUAAAGGUCUUCCAGUAAAGUUUAAGUAAGAAGAAUUGAAUCGCUACUCAAUGCUUUAUUUAGUAAAUGGAACUGAAAUACUGAAAUUGUAAUUUAAUCCAAGGAUUAUGUUAAAUCAAAAUAGCUUUCUUUCUUUUACUAAUAUUAUGAUUAUUGGUAAUACUAUUGUUUUAGCUCUAAGUUUAGCCACAUUUUUUAAUUAUUUAUUUAACAAGGAAAAAAUAAGAUUGGUAUAAGAAAAGAAAGAAAAGUUCUCUAUUUCUUUGUUUAAAGGAAUGAAUUAAGGAGAUUAACAAAAGUUCCUAAAUUUUUAUUUGCCUUCAAUACAAAUAAUAUUCUUAAUUUCAAAUAAAAGAGAACAGGUUUAAGGCUUCCAUAUUCUUUAAGGUUGCUCUUUAUGCUUACCACUUGGAAGUAGUAUACAUAAAAUGGCUCAUGAUAACUCUACGAUUUACAGUAUUUUGUUGUUAGAUAGUGCUUAAAUUGAUAAUGCUUGGAAAUUUGUCAAUUCUAUUAAGAACAGAGAGAUUUUGAGUGGGAAAUUUAAUGAAAAUCACUACAUUUUCUCAAAGAUUGAAAAUCUAAUUGAGGUUAAAAACUUUUUUUAUGAGAAACAGAUAAGCAGAAUAAUGUUUGCUAUUUAAGAAAACUAAUAAGUAGAAUCAAAAAUGAAAUUCUAAUUUUAUAAAUAAGAAAAUUCUCUUAAAAUUACAUAAAUUACUGAUAAUAAUGAUUCUUCUUCUAAAUAAAAAAAUUAAAAGCCAGAUGAAUUUAAAUUCAUUCUUUAUAAUGAAAAUCUUGACUUAGUUCCUUCACAUACUAUCUAAAUUGAGUUGAUCCUUAUUAGAAAGUUCACAAAAGCGCUUAAAUUACUGAGGAGUUAUAACGUGAUGGUACCUGAUGACUUUUUAGAUGUUCUCAAAUCUGAUAUAUUUAUAUCCGAUGAAAAAGAUAUAAAUAUAAAUCCUCUAUUAGUAUUCUACGCUUUCUCAAAAAACUCAGUAAAAAACUAACAAUUAAAUUAUUAAAAUGUGGAUGAUAGUUAUCUCUAUGCAUCAUACAAAUUUAUCUAAUACAUUAAAGAAAAUAUCAACAACGAGAUACCUCUUAUUAAAUUUUAAACAUUUGAUGAUUGUUUAAGAUAUUAUGAUUUUCAUAUUAGCCUGCGUGAGCUUCAAUAAAGAUUCAAGAAGAUUGUAGACUUAGGGGCAGGAGGAUUUGCAUAGGUGUAUAAAGUAAUUGACUUAAAAAAUAAUCAAGAUUGUCAAGAAAGUUAAGAAGAGUUGGCUAUUAAAGCAUAGAAUUUGCCUACAAAAGAUGAUGUUUAUGCUGCUACAAAAGAGUUCAAUAUUGCUAAACGUCUUAGUUUCCAUUAAACAGAAAACAUAAUCAAACUUAGAUAUGGUAUUUUAAUUAAUAAUAUAUCUAUUCAAAAUUAUGAUGGUCAUUAAAAAGAAUAUAACUUAAGCUACUUAAUAAUGGAGCUAGGAGAAACAAAUUUAUAGUAAGAACUAUACAUUAAAAAAAUAUCAUUUAAACCAUAAGAGUUGCAUGACAUGAUGUAUUCACUAUGUAGAGGUUUUUACUAAUUGCAUAAUGUUGCUAAAAUUGUUCACAUGGAUAUUUCUUUAGAUAAUAUAAUUAAAACUAAAGAUCAGAAGUAUAAAAUUUCAGAUCUAGGUGGUGGUUUGGUGUAGAGAAAUGAGUUUAGCUAAAUUGUUUCUAAACAUUUAUAAUGCAAAUAACAGUACUUGAGUCCUUUAAUUAAGAAUGAAUUUGAAAUAAUCUAAGAUUUGAUAGAAAAAAAUUAGAAUUGCCAAGAAAAUAUUUCUGAAAUAAAAAAAAAUUUCAAACUUUUAAAGCAAAAUGAUUGCUAUGCUCUUGGAUUUAUCUUCUAUAUGGUUGUAACUUUUAAUUUUAAAAACUUAAAAAAUAAUAAAUAAUCUCAUGCUCAGCUAGAGCAAACAAGACAAGAAAUGAUUUAGGUGCUAAACAAGUACAAAGACUCAAAUAAUUAACAGCAAGAAGAUGUACUUCAAUUAUAUCCAGAUUACUUGAUUGAGUCAAUUUAGAGACUAUUAGAUUACACUGAAAUUACAGAUGUAUUUUCGGUAAUUGAACAAAAAGAAAGAAUGAUCUAAUAAGAAAAUAUUAUUUAUUCUAAUUAAUUAUGAAACAAACUAUUUUAUUUUAAAUUUAUAUUUAUGAAAAACUAGCUUGAUUUAGUAUUUUUUUCAUUUUUUUAGAACUUAUUUUAUUAAUUUCGUUUUAUUUUUGUUGUUUUUUGAGGAA